AUGGUGUAUUAUUUUGAAAGUGAUGUUGUUCAACCACCAGUGGUUUUGUUCAUGGGAGUUGAUAAACAUGAAAAUGAAGAUUUAAUAAAAUGGGGAUGGCCAGAAGAUGUUUGGUUUCAUGUCGACAAAUUCUCAUCAGCUCACGUGUAUUUACGUCUUGCUCCGGGACAAAGUAUUGAUGACGUUCCAAGCUCAGUGUUAGACGACGCAGCCCAGCUAGUGAAAGCGAACAGUAUUGAAGGAAACAAAGUGAAUGACAUUGACGUUGUGUAUACAAUGUGGGCUAACCUCAAAAAAACUCCUGGUAUGGAAGUGGGGCAAGUUGGGUUCCACAAGGAAAAAGAGGUUAGGAAAAUUCACGUUCCCAAGCGGAUUAACACGAUCGUGAAUCGGCUCAACAAAACAAAGCGCUCUGAAACCCCGAAUUUGAGAGCGCUGCGCGAACAAAGAGACAGAAAUGAGCGGGAAGACAAGAAGAAAUUGCAAAGAGAUUUGAGGGAGAAGGAAAAAACUGAGAAGAAACAGCGGGAAGAAGAAGCUGAAAUAAAGAGCUACUCUUCGCUGUUCUCUCACAGUAAAAUGACGGCAAAUACGGAAGCCGGUUAUGAUUCGGAUGAUUUUAUGUAG